CGCCUGUGUGGUCGCCCUGAUCGCAGCCAAAAAUGAAUCCUCUACACCGUGCGUCUUGAGAAUGUGCAGACCAGCCUCCGUGGAGCCUCCUCGAGUGGCGACCUUGUCAAUGAUCGCAUCAGGGGACUCGCCCGCAAGUACCAGGGCAGCUGUACCCAGCAUUGCUCGGGCACAGAGCCUUAUUGCAUCCGCCGAGGACAUUUCCGACAAACUACCUGCGACAGCCCUGAGAAUGAUCGCGUGGAAGGCCAGUGAUGAAGCACCAAGGGCCGAAGCCGCGAACAUCUGCUCCUCCGCAACCCACUCCGUAUGACCUAUGAGAUCAAAAACGCGUUGGACUGCUUCGCGGCCGUCUUCUGUCCAACUAGAAAGGACCGUUGCAGAUUGCCGUACGGACGCGGCGAUGUUAGGAAUCGCACGCACGAUAAAUGCCCUAUGUUCUUGACCACCGCGUACUGAUCGGUACAUGCGGGCAAGGUCGACCAGCGUCACUCCACCAGCGAGAUUGACGAGGAUAGUUCGCUUCUCAUUCUGCUCGAUGGCUCGCACCACCUUCGGAGUCAGGAUCUCCGAGAGAGCAUUGGGUUUGCAUCCUAGUAUCACCACGACUGCAUCCUGCACAGCAAGAGAGUUCUCAUCACCCGUGUGGAUUUCUACUCGGAGAGAGUCUUGCGUCGUCGCAAAACCGUUGAUGGAUUUUUGUAUGCGUUUUGCUCCUGCGGAGGUUUUGGCCGUGACGACAACGUGACCGAGAUUGUGGGAGUUCUUCGAAUACGACUUCGCUAGCCCUUGUAGUAUUGCAAUCCCGAGCUUGCCUAAACCCCGUGUUAGUCACUCCCUAAUUCCCGAUCCACCAGCGCCUUUGUCGCUUACCGCAGCCAAGAAUCGCUAUUUUCCCACCAUUGUCAGUGUGCUCCGCCAUCGUGUAUUCCUGCUCUAGAAUUAUUCAGAAACGGAGAAGGCUGCUGCUCUCGCUGCACUCUGUUCCUUAGCCGCUCCCGGUGUGGUUGGCACCAUCACCAGUGGCACCACCAUGCCCCAUCCGCCGGAAACACCCACCAUCCUAGGGAGCAUGGGGCCAAAGGAUGCGUUGUAUUAGAACCCCUCUCUUGCCUUUAUCCCUUAUCAAUCAGUCGUACUCUUGUUCUGCCAACCAAUUGUAGCCGCAAUGCCGUCCGCAAUACGCCCUAUUUCUAUCCCCACCAUCGAUUUCGGCAAGUUCACCCAAGGGUCAGCGAACGAGAAGGCAGAAUGCUGCGAUUUACUUCGAGACUCCUUGUCAACACAUGGCUUUGCCAGGAUCAUCAAUUCAGGAAUUCCUGACGAGGAUAUUGAUCGAUGCUUCCAGUUCGCCGACGAGUUCUUCCAAAUGCCAUCAGAGGCUAAACAGAGCGUUGCGAACAUGGCUGGUCCAACGCCCCAGCGGGGCUGGAGCCACUUGGGGGCUGAAAACUCGUCUUCAUUGUACAGCAGUCUAGUGAAGACUCAAGUAAAUAAACAGCGAUCAGAUUCGCGAGAGCACUGGGAUCAAGGCCACGAAGAAGACAAGUAUUUCCCCAAUAAAUGGCCCUCCGAAAGCGACAUCACCGGAUUCCGCCCCUUCAUGCAGUCGUUCUACAAAAGCUGCGAACGCAUCAGCUUCCAGCUACUCGAAGCCCUCGAACUAGCCAUGGAAGUUCCCCCCGCGACAUUCCAGAGUCGCAUCCACAACGCCAGCGAAUUGCGCAUGAACCACUACCCACCCAUCAACGUCGAGUCGCUCCGCGAAGGCAGCAUCAGCCGGAUCUGGCCGCACUUUGAUCUCGGCGUGCUGACUAUGCUCUGGACAGCGGGCGCCUCGGGGCUGGAAUUCCAGAACCGGCUCGACGCGGACGGCAAGUCGUUCAUUCCCGUCGUUCCAGUCUCGCAGUACGAGAUGAUUCUUAAUAUCUCGGAGACGCUGCAGCGGUGGACGAACGAUGUGCUCCCGGCGGGGCUGCACCAGGUGACGACGCCGCCGAAUCUCAAGGGGGCCAAUGAGGGCGUUAUUCCGGAGAGAUUCUCUAUUGCGUACUUUUGCAAGGCGAACCGGGAGACCUCCGUUGGGACGCUACCCCCGUUUGUGCACCCGGUCAAGGGCGCAAAGUACGAGGAUAUCACGGCGCUAGAGUAUCAUCAGUCGCGAUUGAAGACGGCGUACUAGGACUGAUAGUCGGCAAGAGAGGUGAUAUUACAUUUCAUACAGAUAGAUAGUUGGUAAACCGAGUCGAGCUUGGUUCUCAGCACACUUUAAAAUACAUAAAACCAUCAAAAUAGUAAUUCC